UUACAACUUGAAUGGCUGAUUUGCAGAGGCCUGCUCUAGCUGAGAGAGAUAUUGACCAGGCCAUCACAGCGCUCAAGAAGGGGGCUUUUCUGCUUAAGUAUGGGAGGAGGGGAAAGCCAAAGUUCUGCCCGUUUCGACUAUCAACUGAUGAGUCUGCCUUAAUAUGGUACUAUGGCAAAGAAGAGAAACAGCUUGAACUGCGACAGGUUUCAAGGAUUAUUCCUGGACAGCGUACUGCAAUAUUUCAGCGGUACCCUCGACCAGAGAAGGAAUAUCAAUCGUUUUCUCUUAUAUAUAAUGAUAGAUCCUUGGAUGUGAUAUGUAAAGAUAAGGAUGAAGCUGAGGUUUGGUUUUUCGGUCUUAAAGCACUCGUUGCUCAUGGCAGCCACCACAAGGCAAGGAAUGACACAAAGGCUGAAACAUCCUCGUGUGACAGUCCACGUUCUCGAAGAACCUCUCCACCAAGUUUACCCUUUGAUCAUGGAGACACUCCAAGAGCUGAAAGUAUUCCACAAAGCAGAUUGGGAAAAGCUUUUGCUGACAUUGUCUCAUAUACAGCAACAUCGAAAAAUUCUUUUCUGGCUGAAAUAAAUACCAGCACUGCCAGCUCUCUUAUACCUGGGGCCACAGACAACUCAAAUAGCCGAAUUUCUACAGCUGACACAGUUCGAAUUAGUUUAUCCAGUGCUGUAAGUUCAUCAAGCCAGGGAUCAUGUCACGAGGAUUUUGAGUGUCUUGGUGAUGUUUUUAUUUGGGGAGAAGGAACUGGUGAAGGGGUAUUGGGUGGUGGUGAACUUAAAGUAGGUGCAUCAUCUGGAAGUAGAACUGAUGCUAAUUUGCCUAAGGCAUUGGAGUCAACAGUGGUGCUUGAUGUCCAUAGUAUUUCCUGUGGCAGUAAGUAUGCCAUAUUAGUUACUAAACAAGGGGAAGUGUUCAGCUGGGGUGAAGAGACAGGAGGCCGUUUGGGUCAUGGAUUGGUGGCUGAUCUUCCCUAUCCCAAGCUUAUUGAUAGCCUUAGUGGUAUGAACAUUGAAAUGGUUGCUUGUGGGGAGCAUCAUACCUGUGCUGUUACACUUUCUGGUGAUCUGUACAGUUGGGGUGAUGGCACUCAUAACUGUGGGUUGCUUGGGCAUGGAAGUGAAGUCAGUCACUGGAUUCCUAAGAAAGUUAGAGGCUCUAUUGAGGGCUUACACGUUUCAUAUGUCUCUUGUGGGCCCUGGCAUACAGCUCUAAUAACAUCUGUUGGGCAACUUUUUACAUUUGGGGAUGGAACAUUUGGUGCAUUAGGCCAUGGUGAUCAUCAUAGCUCCAAUAUUCCCAGGGAAGUUGAAUCCUUGAAAGGAGUUCGGACUCUGAAGGUUGCUUGUGGUGUUUGGCACACAGCUGCAGUUGUUGAAACUGGUGUCACUUCCAAGUCUGAACCGUCUGAGGGCUCUGUGUCUGGUAAGCUAUUCACCUGGGGGAAUGGAGAUGAAGGACAGCUUGGGCACUCUGAUAAAAAACAUAGACUAGUCCCUGUAAGUGUAGCUGCAUUAGAUGAUUUAAGUUUUUCCCAGGUAGCCUGUGGACAAAAUUUAACUGUUGCUUUGACAACUGCUGGGAAAGUAUAUACAAUCGGAAGUUUAGUGCAUGGACAGUUAGGGAAUCCUUUGGCUGAUGGAAAAACUCCCACUUGUGUUGGAGGAAUAAUUGCUGAUAGUUUCAUAGAGGAGAUUAGCUGUGGUUCACAUCAUGUUGCGGUUUUGACAUCGAAAAUGGAAGUCUAUACCUGGGGAAAAGGUUCAAAUGGACAACUGGGCCAUGGAGACAAUGAUGAUAGAAAUACACCAGUUGUUGUUGAAUUUUUGAAAGAUAAACAAGUAAAAACUGUAGUAUGUGGAGCAAACUUUACUGCUGCUAUCUGUAUGCAUAAAUGGAUAUCUUCUGCUGAUAAUUCUGUUUGCUCUAGCUGUCGCAAUGCUUUCAAUUUCAGAAGAAAGCGUCACAAUUGUUACAACUGUGGCCUUGUCUUUUGCAAAGCAUGCAGCAGUAGGAAGUCCCUAAAAGCUUCUUUAGCCCCAAGUGCGAACAAGCCGCAUCGUGUCUGUGAUGAUUGUUAUACUAAGUUGCAGAAAUCUUUUACCUCUAUAUCUGCACCUCGAAUUGCUAGUGUUAAAAGUGCAAAUGUACUCUACAAGGCCCUGGACUUAACAGAAAAGGAGACCAAAAAUCCUCGACUACCAGAAAACAUGUCCAAACUCUCUCCUUCUAAUUCAUUCAAUGUGCCUGAGGCUAGCAGUACUAAGAGUAGCAGUAGAGCAGAAUUAAAUGGUAGCAAUCUGAUCCUUUUUCCAAAUGGAGAUGAUCAACGGGGGGGCAUUUCAUUCAAAUCCCCAACUGGUCCGACGGGAACCUCUAAGUUCCUCUCCUUAUCUAUUCCUAAUUCCAGAAUGGUUUCUCGAUCAACCUCUCCUGUUCAAGGUAAAACAAGACCACUGCAGCCUGCAACACCUACACCGGCAAUAGAUGUCAAUGGAGAUGGAUCAACUGUUGGUGAUUCAAAGCAUAACAAUGCUGCUUUACAUGAGGAGAUAAAGUGUUUAAGGGCACAGGUGGAAGAACUUGCAAGCAAAUCACAAUUCCUUGAGGUUGAGCUAGAGAGAAAAUCAAGGCAACUAAAGGAGGCUACAGCACAAGCAGCAGAUGAAGCUGAUAAAAGCAGAGCUGCAAAGCAAGUAAUCAAGUCACUAUCUGCCCAGUUGAAAGAGAUGGCUGAAAGAUUGCCUGGGGGUCCUCCUGCCAGGAGCAAUUCGCAUUCUGAUUCAGAACAAAUAUCUAAUGAUCCUAGCUGCCCUUCUAGUUGGAGGAGAGCAACUAGCCUAGCCCCUCUUAGAAUCGAGUCCAGUGCCAGCUCAACUAGUUCAGUGCAGCCAAAUGAAGCCAAGACUCAGCUGCAGAAGCCAGAGAGGGUGAUAAAAGAUGAACCAGGCGUGUAUAUGACUAUCUGUUCCUCUCCAACGGGUGGGAAUGAACUCAGACGGGUUCGUUUCAGUCGGAAAUAUUUCAGUGAGCAGCAGGCAGAGAAGUGGUGGGCAGAAAAUGGAAGAAAAGUACUUGAGCGCCACAAUAUCCGAGCCCCAAUUUAACCUGUAGCUGCCAUCUCGUCAAUUUCACUGUAUAAAAAGGGUGUUUUGACCAUCAAGUACAGCAACCAUCUUUGAAUGCUGAACCCGGAACUCCUUGUUCUUCUGCCUUUUUUUUGGUUAACGUGUAAAGUUGAUAUACUGGCUUUUCCACAUCCACAUAAGAACGGGAUGGGGAAGAAUGCAAGCAUGACUAAAACACGAAGACUCAGUUAGCACCUAUGACAUGUAAAUGUAUCAUUCAUCUAUAGCUGUAUUAUGUUUCUCCUUUUAUUAGAAAUCUUAGCUAGUGCAUUUUGUACCA